AUGAAUACAAAUCUAACAAGCACCACGCUCGUUCAAUCACCAACUCUCGGAAACAACGUGCAAACAACAAACACUCCAUCAACAACGACAGGAUUAAUCGGAGCAAGUGUUGUUGCUGCUGCUGUUGGAGUUGGAUCAUCGGGAACACUUUCAUCACUCUGGGAGAAAUUUCUCAGCCUUGCAAAGAAUAUUAAUAUUGGACAUUUGUAUUUGUUUUUGGGAAGUUUGGGACUUGGUACAUUUUGGUACAGUUCCAUUAAUUACUUGUUUCAAAAGAAUUUUGUGAGCAAGUUGCAAAUUAAUAAUAAUGAUGAAGCAUAUCAUUGGUUCAUGUAUUGGUUGGCUGAGGAUAGUUAUAGUCAAGAUUCGAAUCAUUUGGCUAUUUUAGCAUCCAAAACUCAUUUUGAUUUCUCUAGUUUUAAACAUAAUCCUUCUGAAAAGGAUAAACAUUCAGUUCCAAUCAAAUUUAUUCCAUCACCUGGUAUUCAUUAUUUGAAAUUUAAAGGAAAAACUAUCAAGAUUUCAUAUGAAAGAAAUUUAUCAUCAGGUGCAUCUUUGGGAUCAUCACCAAAUUCUCCAAGUGAACAAAUUGAAAUUAGUUGUUUGGCAACAAGUCCAAACUUUUUGAAGGAAUUUAUUAUCGAUUGUCAACAGAAAUAUUUGGAAUCUAAACAUGGUAAAACAUUGAUUUAUCUUCCAGAUUCGUAUUGUGAUUUUUGGGAGCCAAGAAUUUCAAAAUUGAAACGUCCACCUAGUACUGUUAAAUUACAAUCGAAUAUUUUCGAAAAGUUGUUGAUGGAUGCUAAGAAUUUUAUUGGACUUGAAAAGUGGUAUAACGAUCAUGGUAUUCCAUUCAGAAGAGGUUAUCUUCUCUAUGGACCACCUGGUACAGGUAAAACAAGUACAGUAACUGCAUUGGCAGGUGCCUUGGAUAAGAAUAUUUGUUGCAUUAAUAUUAGUAAUAAGAAUCUCAAUGAUGAUAAUUUGAACAGUCUCUUAUUGAAUACACCAUUCAACUCUAUAAUACUGUUGGAAGAUAUUGAUGCUUGUUUUUCUGCUCCAAUUAAGAUGGAACGAAAACAAACUAGACCACCACAUCCAUCCCAACCUGAAGCAAGUGAUGAUAAUUCAGUUUCUGAGCUUUCCACUCAUGGAACUGGAUCAAACGUAACACUGGGUGGACUUUUGAAUUGUAUUGAUGGCGUUGUAGCUCAAGAAGGAAGAAUUUUGUUCAUGACCACCAAUCAUAUUGACAGAUUACCAGAUGCCUUAAUUAGGCCUGGCAGAAUUGAUGUAAAAUAUUUGAUUGACUUUGCUGAUGAAAUUCAAACUAGAGAAAUGUUCCUCAACUUUUAUCCUCGUGAAUACGAUUGUGCUGAUUUAUUCUGUGCUAAGAUUUUCGCAGAACAUAAGGAAAUUAGACGUUUUACUUGUGCUGAAUUACAAGGUCACUUUAUGUCACACAAGCAUGAUCCAACUUCAGCUGUUGAUAAUGUUUCUGAUUUGCUCAACUUUGAUUUGAGAAGAGGUCUUAAUGUUGUUGCUCAUAACGAAGAAGAACAUCAAUAA